AAAAACUUAAAAUCCAUUAGUUUUAAAACUUAAACAUGAACGAGCCAAACGCAGCCUAGGUAGAAAAGAGGAACGGACUUUGCAACAAAAAACUCGCGAUCAAACAAAUUUUUUAUCCAACCGCCUCGUUAAUCUUCCGGCGUUGAUGAAUCCUGUCGUAUUCACUCACCUUACUGUUGGAAGUCAUCGACAUCUCGCAUCACUUUCAAACAAUAAAACAAACGAGUUAAAGAAAAAUGAAAACCGGGGGUAAAAAUAAUUAAUUAAAAAUAAAAAAUAAAACGCGCUUCACUUUAAAGCAAGCUCUUUAUUCUUCUUCUAAUUCAAAACUUGAAAAAAUUACUCAAUAAUCUCUCUUUCUCUUUCUCUCGACGGCACUUCCUUUGGUUCUCACGCAGAUCUGACGGUGCCGUUUCUUUACUUAGCCAGGUCAGAUCUAGCUGAUCCGAACUGACGCCGUUUUAGUCACCGGCAACGAUCUUUGCUUUAAAGAGAUGGAUAAUUUGAUUUCUCUUGUGAACAAGAUUCAAAGAGCUUGCACGGCUCUUGGUGAUCACGGAGAGGGAAGCGCAUUGCCUACUCUUUGGGACUCUUUGCCAUCGAUCGCCGUCGUCGGUGGUCAGAGUUCAGGGAAGUCUUCGGUGCUGGAAAGCAUUGUCAGCAAGGAUUUUUUACCUCGUGGAUCCGGAAUUGUUACUCGGAGACCUCUGGUGUUACAGCUUCAUAAGAGUGAUGAAGGAAGCAGAGAAUAUGCUGAGUUUCUUCACCUUCCAAGGAAAAGAUUCACCGAUUUCGCUGCUGUCAGAAAGGAGAUUCAAGAUGAGACGGACAGAGAAACCGGCCGAACCAAACAAAUCUCCAGUGUUCCAAUUCAUCUUAGUAUAUAUUCUCCGAACGUUGUCAAUUUGACCCUGGUUGAUCUUCCUGGUCUUACGAAGGUUGCAAUAGAGGGUCAACCGGAUAGCAUUGUGCUAGAUAUUGAGAAUAUGGUUCGCUCCUAUAUUGAGAAGCCUAACUGUAUAAUCUUAGCAAUUUCACCUGCUAACCAAGAUCUUGCCACAUCAGAUGCAAUUAAAAUCUCACGUGAGGUGGACCCUACAGGGGAGAGGACUUUUGGUGUCUUGACAAAGAUUGAUCUGAUGGAUAAGGGCACUGAUGCAGUUGAUAUUUUGGAAGGAAAAUCGUAUCGGCUGAAAUUCCCUUGGAUUGGUGUUGUGAAUCGCUCACAAGCAGAUAUUAAUAAGAAUGUUGACAUGAUUGCUGCUCGGCGAAGAGAACGUGAGUAUUUUGCUAAUACGCCAGAGUAUAAGCACCUUGCUCACAGAAUGGGAUCUGAGCAUCUUGCUAAGAUGCUCUCAAAGCAUUUGGAAACUGUGAUCAAGUCCAGAAUCCCAGGCAUUCAGUCCCUUAUUAAUAAGACAGUUGGUGAACUUGAAACUGAAUUGAGUCGCCUUGGAAAGCCUAUUGCAGCUGAUGCGGGCGGAAAGUUGUACACAAUCAUGGAGAUAUGCCGUCUUUUUGAUCAAAAUUACAGAGAACAUCUGGAUGGCGUGUAUGUAUCACGUGUGUUGUUUUUCAUCCUUAAGUCACAUGUCUACCGCUUCUUUCAUGUUUGCUAUUUUUGUAGAGAUUCUAUUUUGACUUUCAUUGUUGUUCACAGGCGUUCUGGUGGUGAUAAGGUUUACAAUGUUUUUGACAACCAACUUCCUGCUGCUUUGAAAAGAUUGCAAUUUGACAAGCAACUAUCAAUGGAGAAUAUUAAGAAGCUCAUUACUGAAGCUGAUGGAUAUCAGCCUCACUUAAUAGCUCCUGAACAAGGAUAUCGUCGUUUAAUUGAAUCUACUUUAAUUACUAUCAGAGGUCCAGCUGAGGCUGCUGUUGAUGCGAUUCAUUCCAUUCUGAAGGACCUGGUUCACAAGGCUAUCAAUGAGACUCCAGAGUUAAAGCAGUACCCUGCUCUCAGAGUAGAGGUUGGAAAUGCUGCAAUUGAGUCUCUUGAAAGAAUGAGGGAACAGAGCAAAAAAGCAACACUUCAACUGGUUGAUAUGGAAUGUUGUUACCUUACAGUUGAUUUCUUCCGAAAGCUUCCUCAAGAUGUUGAGAAGGGUGGCAACCCUACACAAUCCAUAUUUGAUAGAUACAAUGACUCAUACCUCAGGAGAAUUGGAACAACAGUCUUGUCUUAUGUUAAUAUGGUCUGCGCUAGUUUGCGCCACUCCAUUCCAAAGUCCAUUGUUUAUUGUCAAGUUCGUGAAGCUAAAAGAAGCCUGCUUGACUUUUUCUACACUGAAUUGGGUAAACUGGAGCAAAAACGAUUGUCAGCAUUAUUGAAUGAGGAUCCAGCAAUCAUGGAGCGACGCAGUGCUCUUGCCAAGAGGCUGGAAUUAUACAGGAGUGCACAAGCAGAAAUCGAUGCGGUUGCUUGGUCCAAGUAGACUGAUGAAAUCAGAGUCACACUGGGGAAGAACCGGGCAGGGUUUUUUUUUGUUGUAAUUUCAUUAAGGCAAUAGUUCAACCUUAUUUCAGAAAGCAACAUAAUUUGUUGUGCAUGCUACAUUUUUAUAACUCUAUAUGAUAUUCGAAUGUUUGCGCCGUCUUGUAUUUUGCGCUUGGCUAAUGUGCUUGCUUCUUUUGUAAA